AUGCGAUCUACUUUGACCGUGGUAGUGCUCGUGGUUACUUUUCUCGAAAUCUAUAUGGUCUUCGCAGACGCCGAAGACACUGCCCUGACCAACCGUGCAGAUACCAAGUCAGACACCAAGCUUACCGACUUUGUUCGCAAUUUGAGAGGUCAGAAUGUGAAAGAUGAAGAGAGAACUGUACCGAAUUACGCUGCUAUGUCGAAUCUGUUGCAUUCAACGCCUUCAGGUCAGUCAGCACAGAUUUUAUAUGCUGUGGAGAACCACAAGCCUCUUCCCAAAAGGGAAAAAGCUCUACUAGUUGUGCUCGGCCUCGGGAUGGUAUCUGGUGGCAUUUUUGGCUCUAUCAAGCUGACGCAAGCGAUAACUCGUAACCUGGAUAAAAUGCGAACGGAACGCGAACAUUGA